UUAUCACUUGCUUGCCCCCUCAAUGCCGCCGCCUCAGCCCACCAAAGCGAAAGCACCGGCCAAAAAAGAAAAGGUCUUUCACCCAGAAUCCCGCAAAGCCGGACAGCUCGCGCGCACUGCUAUCAGGAAGGGAAAACUCGCAUCGCUUCGCACUAAACGCUCGAAAAAAGAUGCGACGCAUCUCACAUUCUACGCCUUUCUCAAAGGCGCCUUGCCCCAUCAACGCAUCGAGUCUGAUUCCAAUCCGGAGUCUGAUGGUCUCACCCUCGCACAACUGCACGAGCUAGCGCGAACUUGGGUCUCGCGCCAUGAUGCGACGCUUGCACACGAGCAAAACACUCGCCGCGCUGGACGGCCGAAAUCUCCCCUUCAGGUGCGACUAGAGGAACAAAGGCUACGGGAAGAAGAGAUAUACAGAACAGGAAUGGACCUCCCCGAUCUCACUCAUCCUCCCACUUUGUCACAUUUCCGAGCUUGGGAUCUCAAGUCCCUGGCAGGAACCCAUCUAUUCCGCUUUGCCCGCAUAUCCAGUUCGCAACCUGAAGUGCUCAUACUUGCGAAGACACCAACAGCUACCGCAGCUCAGGGCGACGAAGACGAAGCUCCUGAUUUGCUCGAUCCUGAUCAUGUGAUGGAUGAGACGUGAAUGCGGUGCUUAUGUUCUGGACGCUGACUACCCGGUGCUUUUGCUGUACGAUCCUGUGCGAGCGCAGAGACGAGCUACAAUCUAGUGGAAACUGCAAUGCGUCAGUUCCUUUCGAUGAUCCGAAAUGAAGCGAGCUAGUCACUUCCGAUGGAGGAUCGCUUCCAUGCGUUGCUCG